ACACAAAGUAUCCAUUCGAUGAGUGCAUUCUCUCGGCGUGAUUGACACUUUCGGGGGUUGCUUUGUGCUUGGAUAUCGAGUGGCCUGCAUCUGCAAACUGCCCCGGAAAGAGUGGCAAUCCAGGUCCUUGUUAAAAACUCAGCAUAUAGACCUGUGCACUUUCUUAAAAAGGGGCUGAACAGAUAGCAGAUGUGAGCUUUGAGCCGGCCAGUGCUAGCUAGCUUGUUGGGCAGCGGUCAGUGCAUGGCUACGCAGAGACAAGUCUUGACUCUCUCCCACGCAGAUCUUGACAUGGGGAGUAAAAUGUCCUUUGGCAGAGGAAGCAGUGACCAAAGCACAGUUGCUGAGUUAACCUCUGUGACAUCGCAGACUCGAAACUCCAUUCAUAUCCCGACAGACUGCAAGCAGAUAACUGAGGACAAAAGAUGCGGUGAAGAGGACCUGAACUCCAGGGAGGACGAGGACAGGAAAGUGACUGAACCUGCACCUGAAUCCCACUCAUCAGGCCAUUCAGAGUCUGAUAGCCUGGUGAACUCUGAAACAGAAGGCAGGACCAAGUGUGAACACAAUGAGCAAUCAACGCCAGAGGUAGGGAUAGAAGCCAGCAUUCCAAUGACAUCUGCAAGUGUGUGUAGCUCCACGACAGACAGCCAGAGACAGACUGUGGGGGGCCGCAGAAAACGAGGGCGUCCUCGUAAACCAAAACGUUUGUGUCCUGCGGACCAGAAAAUUCCAGAUUCUGCUGUUUUUGAUGCAGUUCAACACAAGGAGAUUAGUACGACAAUACCUUUGCCAACACUCUUAAAGAACCAUACCAGUGAUGAUGUGCCUAACCUUGCAGAGGGUCCCUUAAUUAGUAAUUUAUCUCACACUGAGGCAGCUGGACUUCCAACUGUAUCUGAAUGUAAAGUAGAGGAUGGUGCCCUUGUGCUGCCAAAAAGAAGAGGAAGAGGAAGGCCAAGAAAAUGUGAUGUCCCAAGCGUCACAACAGUGCGUGCUAAGGCUCGAGUUCCUGCUCGAGCUAACAUUGCAAGUGGUCCUGUGCGAAUAUUGAGAAGUAGAGGAGAUCAACACCUUUCGACAAAGAACGGAAAGACUGAGUCUAAUAUCAAGACGGAACCUGUGCAAAGUGAAGAGACUCUCAUGGAAAUUAGCGAUACGUUUAAUUUUCAAGAUAUUAAAAGACGAGGGACUGAUCUGGCUGAUCAGCAAAUCCCAGCGAAAGUAUCCAGACUGGAUGUUUCCCAGGAGGCCUUGGUGUCAAGCAAGAGCACAUACUGUUUGGAGAAAGGUGAGACAGAUAAGCAGGUGGACUCAAACACUGACAAACAUGAGACUGAUACAGAUGGAAAGGGUAGUCGAGGCUCACUAAAGCCUGGCGAGGAGCAACAGACACAACCAGGGCAAGGUUUACUGUCACGGAGAAAUGUGCAGCCAUCCUCUAAGCAAUCAGCCGAGCUACUCUCAGAGAAUCCCAACAGUACAAACGUGUUAAGUCCCAAUUUAAGUGAAAAAAUAAAACUCUCUUCAGACUUUUGUGGCAGCCAGGUGUCACAAUUAAACAGCAUGCUUCAAUCUGUAGGGAAUACAAGUUUGAAGAACUCAGAGCCCUCCAGCACAAAAGUCACAAAAUCCUUGGAACAAUCACCUGAACCUAUUGGAAAAGUCUCUGCAGUGAAAGCUGAAAACACAGAGAUAGAGCUGGAUCGUUUAAAUCCUGUGGCACAGUCAAAUACCACUAAAACCUUAAAAUACAGUGCCUUCCCUAACGUUAUACCUGAGGGUCCACACAGUCAGAGAAACUUCAUGAGACGGAAGAAAGGUGCCAAAAGAAGGAGAAGAAUGAAUCAUGUUUUCAUACCGAAAGCAGAUCCAGUAGAAGGAAGCGAUUACACUCAACAACAAGCAGACUCUGAAAAGAUGGAUGUGCAGGACAACCCAGAUGGCAUUGCAAAUUUCACCUAUAUUAAAAGAGGGGGGAAAACUCUGUUGAAAUGUGAUUACUGUGGGCAAACGUGUAAAUUUCUCUCUCAGCUCAUCAUUCACCAACGCAUUCAUACAGGAGAAAGACCGUUCAAAUGCCCCGAGUGUGGCCGAGGUUUUAGCAAAAAUUCAAACUUAAACCUUCACCUCAAGGUGCACAGGAAGAACAGCUUAUUUCAAAAGUGUCAGUUUUGCAAGAUCAGAUUCUCCGCCUCUGAGUAUGCAGAUCAUGUGUGUAUUCACGCAAAUGUGCUGGAAGAGGAUGCUGAGAACGACAAAUAUGAAGAACCCAUCACAGAACCCAUCACAGAGACCAUCCGGGAAGUCAGCCCUGGACUUGAUGCGCCAGUUAGCAAAGAAAAAAGAGAGAAAAAGGUGUGUGAAUACUGUGGCAAAACAUUCCCAUUUCAGUCUGCUCUCAUUAGACACGUGCGUGUCCACACUGGAGAGAAGCCUUUUAAAUGUGACAUAUGUGGGAAAGCUUUUGGUCAGUCCUAUUUCCUGCGUGUUCACGAGCUGACACACUGGUCUGUGAAGCGUUACAACUGCACACGCUGUGAAAAAUCCUUCAGUCAUUACAGCAAUGCAAAAAAUCACACUUGCGUUGAGGACAGAAGUGAUGAUUUUCAGCCCAACAGAGGUGCAAAGCCUUCACUUACAUACACGUGCCACAUUUGCAAGAAUGUGUUUAACCACCUGCAGGAGUUCAAUAGCCACAUGAAAGCCCACAGUGGCGCAAAGCUUUAUCGCUGCAUGUAUUGUGACAAGCUGUUUGGUUUGCUGUCCGAAUACAAUGCCCAUCGCAGUCAGUGCAGAGGCGAGAGGAGUGCGUCCAGCUCUGCAAUAAAAGAGGAGGAGACAAUGACUUUAAUACAGUAUGCAGUACCUGCAGGUAGAUUUUCAUUGGGGCAAAAUUCAGCCUCAUCCCUCACAGCUGCAAACAGCGAAACACAGAGAAAAGCAUCCCAGACCGCCCGCAAGAAAGGCUCUGCUUACUUUAAGAAACCGUUCCAGUCAACUGUCAUACCUGCUCACCACCUCUCACACUUUGUUUCAAAGUUGAACAAACUGGAUAACCGCUCAGACCCCAGGAAAUAUUUUUGUCCAAGCUGUGGGAGACUCUUCAGACACAUGGGUAGACUCAGAGCCCACAUGCUCACACAUCCCCCUUCUACAAGUUACACCUGCGCCUGCUGUGGUAAGACUCUGAAGAACUGGAAAAAACUGUGGCAUCAUCAGAGAAUCCAUCGACAGAGGCCGGGCCGCUUCACCUGUCCCCAAUGUGGGCAAGGUUUUCGGUUUGUGGAGUCGUACAAGCAGCACAUGAGCCAGCAUCCAGAGUUCCAGUGGACCCAGGUCAGAACAAAGACAGCCUCCCUGCCUUAUCAGUGUGAGCAGUGCAGGAGCAGCUUCAGGACUCUAGAUUUGCUUUUCAGUCACCAGCUUUGUCAUUCCUCAACACAAGACAUGCACAAGGUCUGUGAUUUUGAUUUAUCCAUGGAUGAUCAUGCUACACAGUCUAGCAGGAGGAUGUUUAAUCCUCUGUUAAAUAACCACAUGGCUCCAUUACAUACAGAACCUGAGCAGAACCACUCUUCACUGGCCACUUCGUUUAAAUAUCCAGACCCAGUUAGCAAAGCAAACAUGGUCUCUUUUGUCCACAAUCAAGGUGUUGAGUCAGGUCAAACUAUCCAAUCAAGAGAAAACAAUCAUGACAGAACAGCUGAAAACAAACUCAGAAAACCCAUUACACCCCUGAGAACUGUGAAAAGAUACAAGACCCAAAAUGCCAGCAUAUCAAAUGAAGGAUGUUCAGAUGGUUUUAAUUGUGCUGUUUGUGGUAACUCGUAUUCUGCCAUAUCAGACCUUUAUCAACAUUAUUUGCAGCAUGCUCGAUGUCAGGUGUAAUGUAUCAAAAUGGAGAUCCCUCACCCAGUAUAUCUGUACAUCCACUUUUUACCGUGCUAACACAGGAAUCCUGUAGUCUAAGCUUUGAAACAGUUCAUUUCACAUCUGAAAAAGGGUUUCAGAAAUUGAAAUGCCUCAAAAAGGAUGCUCACCGUCAUAUAUUCAACCUGUCAUGCUCAGCUUUCACACUCAGAAUUACACACUGAGGGCCGGAUUCACUAAGAAUGGAGUGCAGCCACUAAUAGCACCAAGAUUUGCACAAGGUCUAAUUCACAAAGCCAUUCCACUGAUGACAUUCAAGUGCACAAAUGCCCACAAACCUCUGUAGCUCUGUGCAGUUUGCUCCAGUUUUGCACCUGAUUGUGACUGAGUUCAGCUGCCACAGCUGUCAUCCUGAAGGUGCUACAUUCCAUCCACAUACUGUAUAUAAUACCCAGAAAGGAGAGGGAAGCUUCUUACCAUUUGUAGAGUCCAUUCAUGACUAAUGUGAUACGCAUUUCACAGUUUAUAACCAGUUGUCUUCCUGCAGAAAGCAGCUGGUUCAGGUCACAAAAACAAACAGAUAAUAAACAUUGUGUUGUGCGUAAUGUGUGUCGUGCAUUAGUAUGUACGGGGGUUGAGCCUCAGACAGCCAGACUGAUUCAACCCCCCCCAAUUAUCAUAAUAAUGGUAAUUUCAAAGUAAUGUUAACAGACUUAACGUACAUAUGUGUUAUUUUUAGGUUAUCAUGAGUUUAAAAGGUUGCAUUGAAUGCUCAUAAACACUAUGGUGCAGUUACGGUGCAACUUUCAGCAGACAGUAAAAUUUUCACUCUAACUGUGCAGGACUGUAAGUGCCAGUGAAUUGAGUGUGAUUUGCAAUGAGGUUCAAUUGCAUAGAAAUGAAUGCAGCAUUAAAAUGUAUGCAAACAACACUGGAACACGGAGAUGCAAUUAGCUCUGCAGCACAGUUUGUGGAGCAUUUAACCCUCUGCUCAUGCUUUGUGAAUUAGACUCUUCUUUUUUCAUUUGCACAAGUUCAACAGGCUCAAACGCUGCACAAUCCUUUAAUGAAUCAAGCUCUGAGUGUACAAAAGGACAGCAAAGUAAUUCCACCAAGUUUGUCAGUCAAGAAGAAGCCUUUAAUUCUUAUUCUCUUGUUACAUUAUCAUGUUCCUUUUUAAAAAGAACAGAAUAAAGGUUGCAUUUUAAAUGUAGGUAUAUGAAUAGGUGGAUUGUGCCAAAGGAGCCGCCAACUCACUGAGAAAGGUGCAGCAAAUAUUUUGUACAUUCAGCGUCAAGCUAAAAUCAGGCCUGAGACAUUAUACUACACGAUUCUACAAAACAGGCAUUUGAUUGUGUACUUUAAUGAGUCAGAAGUCUACAAGGGAAAUAAAAACUGAUACAUUCAGAGCCCUCAUUCAUCAUUGUUGCCCUCAGGUCAUAUUCAAAGUUAGGAUGAGGAAAAAAAAAAUUAAAGCAGAUUCAAAACUAAUCAUGCAGCUAACCUUUUUGUUUCACCAAACUGGCUGAUAGUAUUACAGUGUAUUAAUAUUACCAAUUAAUUACACAACUGUGCAGUUUUACAAAUGUCAACUGUUAGUAUUAUUUGAAGUCAUGGAUGCCAAGACAUGCUUUGCUCUGGUCUCUAAUGCUUGUAUCUCCUUUUUGUAUUCAAAAUUCUUCAAUGAACAUCAAUUCUUUUCACACACAUGUUUUGCAAAUAGUUGACUCUGUUGUCCACAGGUAUUGUGAUGGCUGAAUACAAGUGAUGCAGAAUUGUCUUUAAGGUGCGUUGUUCGGCUUCCAUUAUUGUUUACUGCCUUUGAAAACCUACAUUUUCAUCUUUCAGUGCCGGACUUAAUUUGUUUGAAUUAUGACAACUUGUAAAAGAUGUUUCCCUAUUGUACAUGACUUCAUGCUUUAGUUUGUCUUCAACCAAUAAAGGUCACUUUUGUAUCA